CAUGAGCGCGGCCCCCUCCCCGGGCAACCAGAGCGGCGGCGCCUUCUGCGAGCAGGUCUUCAUCCGGCCCGAGGUCUUCCUCGCCCUGGGCGCCGUCAGCCUGCUGGAAAACGUCCUGGUCAUCCUGGCCGUGGUCCGCAACGGCAACCUGCACUCGCCCAUGUACUUCUUCCUGUGCAGCCUGGCCGCGGCCGACAUGCUGGUGAGCGUGUCCAACGCGCUGGAGACCGUCAUGAUCGCCGUGGUCAGCGGGGACCACCUGCGCCUCGAGGACCGCUUCGUGCGCCACAUGGACAAUGUGUUCGACUCCAUGACCUGCAUCUCCCUGGUGGCCUCCAUCUGCAACCUGCUGGCCAUCGCCGUGGACAGGUACGUGACCAUCUUCUACGCGCUGCGCUACCACAGCAUCAUGACGGCGCGCAAGGCGCUGGCUCUGAUCGCCGGCAUCUGGGGCUGCUGUGGCGUCUGCGGGGUGGUGUUCAUCAUCUACUCCGACAGCAAGAUGGUCAUCGUGUGCCUCAUCACCAUGUUCCUCGCCAUGAUGCUGCUCAUGGGCACCCUCUACGUGCACAUGUUCCUCUUCGCGCGGCUGCACGUGAAGCGCAUCGCCGCGCUGCCCCCCGCUGCCGGCGCGGCCCCCCAGCCGCACUCGUGCAUGAAGGGUGCCGUCACCAUCACCAUCCUGCUGGGCGUGUUCAUCUUCUGCUGGGCGCCCUUCUUCCUCCACCUGCUCCUCAUCAUCGCCUGCCCCACCAACCCCUACUGCAUCUGCUACACCGCCCACUUCAACACCUACCUGGUCCUCAUCAUGUGCAACUCCGUCAUCGACCCCCUCAUCUACGCCUUCCGCAGCCUGGAGCUCCGCAACACCUUCAAGGAGAUCCUCUGCUGCUGCGCCGGCCUGAGCUGGAGCUAGGGCGGAGGUCAGGGCCGGGAGCGUCGCCGCCGGGGGGCCCCUCCGGCUCCACACCCGGCCACGACGCUUAGAAAGGAAAAGCAGCAUUCCCGGGAGAGGGAGAAGUGUGUCCCCAGCCACGACGAUCUUUGGAAAGAGGCAGAGAACAGGCGGGGGAGAGGGGCAGGGAGGGUCUUCACUCCCCGGUGAGGCCACCCCCGCGCGUCACCCCUCCCCCAGGGCUUGCGGUGCCACUGUCCGCCUCUCGCGUCUCUGGCUGCCCAGUCAGCAGGGCUGGAGGGGCCUGGGGAACAGGAAGAGGGCUCAACUCUCUUGCAAACAAAGUUUUUUCUUAGCUCAGCCCUCCAGCUGCCGGCUGCCCAGGUAGCUUUGUGCUUAUUCCGUGAAAGAUCCACCCUCUAGCCUAUUUGUUUACUUACAGCAGUCUAAGCCUUUGUGGAAAACACGAUGAGAUGCUGUUCCCCCUUUCCCACCCCUGUGCGAGUGCAGCUUCCAGAACAGCAGGGUGGUGACACCCCCUUCCACUUGUGCCGUGGUCGUCUGUGCAUGAAAUCUAAGGUAGCUUUCAAAAUCUAUUGAAAAAGAGAAAGCGCUACGGGUGGUCAGAAUAUAACUGUGGUGGUCUUGUAUUUUAAGACCUUGCAAUUUCCAGGUAUAUGUUACUUUUUUUCAAAACAUGAAGAUACUUUUCUUACUGUUCUUUUACUGCUCUUAAAACAAGAGAGGAUCUCUCAUAGGUGGGAGGAUAUAUAUGGUUUCAAGAAACUGUUUCAUUGUACUUUGAGAAACUGCAGAACUACCCUGUGGCUUCCUCGGGAGCUCUUUUCUGCUCAGAGUAACUGUAACUCCGUCACAUGAUGAAGUCAACACUGUUUGAGAAGGAGAAGUUUUCUGGAGAGUUGGGUGAUGCUGUCCUCCACAUUCCUGCCUUGUGGAAUAAAGCAAUUCCUUCCUGUGAGCACAGGGCUAGACGCUGGGCCAGGGCUGUGUCUGGCAGGACUCUGGGAGCAGCCAGCAGGUCCUUUCUUGGCCUGGAUUCCUUGCAUUUCACACACACACACACACACACACACACACACACACACACACUGCCGUGAAUCUGUGUAUUGGGCUCUGUCUUUGCUGUACCAGUGUGUGUUUCUCUUAUGUUGAAAUAUAUCGGGGAGUGGGGUGUACUUGCCGAGUUUCCACUCAUAUGAAACCAACUGUUUCUUGUGAUGGGGUGGGGAGGGCGGUGAAGAAUCUCUGCCCAUAUAAACAAAGCCACUUGUUUCUUGUGAUGUCUGGAAAUAAUAAAAUGUUUUGUGGCUGCUAAAUGUGAGUCACACUGCUACACCACCUGGCGUCACCCUGA